CAAAAUAUAUAACACUGGCCUAGUUGUUUUUGGAUAUUUUACUGCAAAAAUCGUACAUAUUGCACAUUAGUAAAUGCUGUGCAAUUCUAUUGCUCAUUGCAGUUUAAAAUAAUGUUAACAAAUGAGAACUUAUUGUAAAGUGUCAGUGUUUUCAUUAUCAUUAGUUCCAUGAAUAUUUUAACUUUGAGAAAUUUAGAGAUCCUCUCAAACUGUGGCAUGAUUGUCAUGAACUCAAAGACCUGAAGUGGAAGUGUAGUGGUCUUAAGUCUUUGCCUUCAAUGGUUUUUGGUGUCUAUUUAGUUAUGUCAGUCAUACCAUGUGACCAAUCAAGCCAAUCAAAGGCCACGGCAGCAGCUUAUAGAUAGGUUCAUCUGCUGGCCAGGGAUUUCUGUAAAUGGGAUGAGGGUGAUUAGCUGGGUUUAGGAUGACGUACGGUAACUUUGUGUUUAAUCAUUUGGAUCCUUGGCUUUUGUCCUCCCUUUGCAGAUAGAGGGACACCACUAUUUGUGUCAGUACCUGGGCACACUGUUGUUUUUAAGUAUUGUAGAUGAAAAUCCAUUUUUAAGAUUGUAAAGAUAAUGUAUUACACUGGCGUUUACCUUUAAAAGAACCUGAGUUGGAUUUUUUUCUAUUAUGGGUGCGAAGAUCAUCAUGAAAAUAGCCAUCAAGUUCUCACUCUACUGGAAUGGAUUACACAUUGCGCCUUGAACGUACUUCCAACUUUCAGCUUCUCUAAGCUACACUGCACAGCUAAAAGACUGUUUUUUCUUUCUUUCUCUGGACUUUAACUAGUUUUUCAACAUGGCUCUCAUGAAGGUAAAGUUUGACCUUAAGAAGCGGGUGAAGCUGGCCCAGAUGCUAUGGCUCAUGUACUGGUUUUCUGUUAUGGCCGGUGUUCUGGUCUUCAGCAUGGGCCUUUUCUUUAAAAUCGAACUUCGCAAGAGAAGUGAACUUAUGGACAACAAUGAGAGUCAUUUUGUACCCAACAUUCUAAUUGGUGUGGGUCUUUUAGCAUGUUGUCUCAAUGCCUUUGGAGGCAAAAUCUGCUAUGACUCGCUCGACUCCACCAAGUUUGCAAAAUGGAAGUCCAUUUUGAAGCCCUUUCUCAUUUGUUGUUUGUUCUUCAACUUCCUCCUCAUCGUCACGGCGGCUCUGUGUUUUGCCAUGCGCAUUCCUCUAGAGUAUACGCUUGCUGAGGGCCUGAAAAAUGGAAUGAAGUUUUACAAGGACACCGAUACACCUGGUCGCUGCUACAUGAAGAGAACUCUGGAUCUCAUGCAGAUGGAGUUCCGUUGCUGUGGCAACAACAACUACAAAGAUUGGUUCGAGAUCCAGUGGGUGAGCAACCGUUACCUGGACUUCAGCGCCAAGGAAGUCAAAGACCGAAUCAGCAGCAAUGUGGAUGGAAAAUACCUAAUGGAUGGCGUUCCCUUCAGCUGUUGCAACCCUAGCUCGCCACGGCCCUGCAUCCAACAGCAAAUAACCAACAACUCGGCUCACUACAGCUACGACCACUACACCGAAGAGCUAAACAUCUGGAAACGUGGCUGCCGAGACGCUCUUAUAGCCUACUAUGGUGGAAUGAUGAACACUAUUGGGAUACUUGUGUUGGUGGUCACCCUCUUGCAAUCUGCAGUAAUGAUUGGACUUCAAUACAUAAACACCUCUCUGUCCACGCUGGUCAACCCAGAAGACCCCGAGAGUGAGAGCGAGGGCUGGAUCCUGGAGAAAACUGUCAAAGAGACCUUCACUGAUAUCAUGGCUAAGAUGAAGGCCAUGGGCAAAGGCAAUCAAGUGGACGAGGGGGCAAAUGAAGAGGCUGCUGCCGCUGAUAGCUGAGCGAACCCCGCCCACCAAACUUUGGCCACACCUACCUGAGGUAGAGAGCUGUGGGACACAGCCUAAAACUGUAACUAUAGCACCCACACUACACAAAGUGUAGACAAAGCCAAUUAAUGAAGAACUGGUGAUGAAAAUAUAUAAAUACAAACCUUUGUCAGUCAGUUAUAUUCCUUUAAAUAAUUUGGUAUAUUAGAAACCCAUAUUAUGGUGAAAUUACCAAAAAACUCACAUAUGAUUGGUUUAAAAAGAGGGGCUUUGAAUAUAAUAAAAUCUAUUAAAUUUGAAUUUUACCAGCUUCGCUUUUCUCCUUUGUACUUUGCUACACAAAAUCUAAACAUUUUUAUAGUCAUUUUUAUAGUCAUAUUAUGUUUUAUUUAUUUCAUAUUUGAGUUGAUAUUCAACCUACGAAUGGCUAGUCAGAGAUUUGGCAUAGUGUGAAAGGUAAAAAUAUGGAAACUAGCCUCAGUACAGUCAGUACUUUUAUUUAUUAGGAAUAAACAACACAAUUUGUCAUGGGACAGGUAUGGCAAAUGCAACAAAAACACUUUCUAUUCUAUGAGAAGAUAGACAGGUGUCUUUUCACCCUUGUGGACUUAGGUAUGAAAUGUGUACAGGUGAGAAUGUACAUACUUGACUAAUGGAUGGAGAGACAAGAAUUUAGUUGUUUUUAUUUGUUUUAUUUUAAAGUAAUGCUUUAUAAAAAUAAAAAAAGUACCAGGGUUUUAAUUUGGGAAAGGGGUAUAAAAUAUAUUUUUGUGACCUGCCUGAUGAUGAGUAUUCUAUGCCUCUGCUUUGUGCAUCAGAUAACUCACAUGAUUUCAUCAGCACUGAAAGGAGAGGCUGAUUUUGCAGGUUUAGGAGACUAAUAACAUUUGAGGCCCCAAUGUGUGUUGUGGUACAGAGGGAUAACCAGGUACAGGGUGAGGGGACGCUUGAGGAAGCCCCUGGAGUUAAGGAGACAGCUUAAGACUGGCAGCUAAACCCUGACCUGUGACUUCUGCAUUCCCACUGCUGGGAGCUCCUGUGCUUUUACAUCCGCACAAUUACUCCACGAAACGUCCCAGGCCAGAGACUGAAACUCUAUGCUCAAACCUGUAAUUUUUUGUAAUUAUUUUAUUUUAAUUCAAAUUAUGUGUCUAUGUAAAUAGUGUAGAAUUAUUACAAAAUAUAUUUUUCCUUUUGUAAAAAUACAAUUUAAUUACUUGUAAGAAAAGCUGACUUUACUCUAGGACAGUGUUUGGUGCGUAGUGAUUAUUAUUGUGAAUAAAACUUACAAUAAAAAAUGUAAAAACA